AGAACACAAUUAUUAUAUGUGAAUAUUCAAUAAGGUGCAUAUGAGUAGCAAUUAUCAAAAAUAUCCAACGAUGGCGUCACGUUAAACAUAUUUAAGGUAGUUUUAGGUUCUAAGAAAGUAAUGUCUUAGAUUACAAAAUUUUCAUGUCUCUCCUUAAAUAUUGGAUGCUAUGAAAAGUAAAUUACAAUCAGGUCAACUAAUUGAGCGUGUUGGUAGUGUUAUCAAGUUUGACAAAUAAUUGUACUUAAGAAGGACUUAAGGCCAUAAUAUAACACAGCUGAAACAUAUUCUUAUAUUUAUUAAAUGCAAGAGCAAUUAAGAGUAGAAUACAAAAAGAUUAAUAACAGCCAUAUGCAUCAGUUAAGAUCGCAUAAGCUGUCAAUAGACGUCAAAAUUAAUCACUAGAGUUAUUCAAAAUAUAUCCUCUUGUUGAA